UCUAUGCAUCUUUUUGUAAAAUUUACAAAGAGAAAGCAGCUGACAUCAUGGAAGGAAAGAAUCAAACAGCUCCAUAUGAAUUCAUCAUCUUGGGGUUCUCCAACCUGAAUGAACUGCAAUUUUUACUCUUCACCAUCUUCUUUCUGACUUACAUAUGCACUUUAGGAGGGAAUGUUUUUAUCAUCUUGGUGACCAUGGCUGAUUCCCACCUACAUACACCCAUGUAUUAUUUCCUAGGAAACCUCGCCUUUAUUGACAUCUGCUACACCACUACUAACGUCCCCCAGAUGAUGGUGCACCUUUUGUCAGAGAAGAAAACCAUAUCCUAUGGAGGCUGUGUGGUCCAACUCUUUGCAUUCAUUUUCUUUGUAGGCUCAGAGUGUCUACUCCUGGCAGCAAUGGCAUAUGACCGAUACAUUGCUAUCUGCAAACCUUUAAGGUAUUCAUUUAUCAUGAACAAGGCCCUGUGCAGCUGGUUAGCAGCCUCGUGCUGGACAGGUGGGUUUCUCAACUCAGUGGUGCACACAGUUCUGACCUUCCACCUGCCCUUCUGUGGUAACAAUCGGAUCAAUUAUUUCUUCUGUGACAUACCCCCUUUGCUGAUCUUGUCUUGUGGGGAUACUUCCAUCAAUGAACUGGCUUUGUUGUCCAUUGGGAUCUUCAUAGGUUGGACUCCUUUCCUGUGCAUCAUCCUUUCCUACCUUUACAUUAUCUCAACCAUCCUGAGGAUCCGCUCCUCUGAGGGGAGGCACAAAGCAUUUUCCACCUGUGCCUCCCACCUGCUUAUUGUUCUUCUCUAUUACGGCAGUGCCAUCUUCACAUAUGUGCGGCCCAUCUCAUCUUAUUCACUAGAGAAAGACAGAUUGAUCUCAGUGCUGUAUAGUGUCGUCACCCCCAUGCUGAAUCCUGUAAUUUAUACACUGAGAAAUAAGGACAUCAAAGAGGCUGUGAAGACCAUAGGAAGAAAAUGGCAGCCACCAGUUUUCUCCUCUGAUAUGUAACCUCUCUUACCUGUAGUCAAUAAUCUUACAUUAGAAAGUUAACUUUUAUACCACUCAGCU